AUUGCCCGCUGGGAAUCGUAGUUCCCUUUUCGCACCCAAUCCCGCGUUUUCCCUUUGCGGCAUGUGUUGUUUGUUGAUGUAUUUGUAGUUUCCGCAAUACAUUUUCCAGUGCUACACGUUUUCGCGGCAAAGAAAAGUGCGCGUUAGAAAUUAAUUGCGAAGCGCAUCAUCUGUCUAAGUUGUGUUCCGGUGUUGUUGAGUGAGCAAACACGAACAAACAAAAAGCAUAGUCCCGUGCGGUCCCUUUGCGCGAUGAGAAAAUGGCUCCCUGCUCGACCACCGAUCAUCAGCACCAAGCAACCGGCCAGCAAUCAGAGCAGGCGAUGGAGGGUGCCGUCAUCUUGGACGGCAGCGCCCAGCCGCCAUUGAGCGCGCUUCUGCCGGUUCAAUGUGCCGGCAACCGCAGCCAUCGCUACAAGUGCGACCACUGCGAGCAAACGUUCAAGCGACGCGACGAGCACGAUCGGCACCGCUACACGCACACCGGAGUGCACGCCUACCCCUGCCUGGAGCCGGACUGCGGCAAAGCCUACUCGAACCGGUCCCAUCUGCUGCGGCACGUGCGGGCCUGCCAUCUGGAGAGUGCCGGUACCGCCCGGCCCGAGGUCGACUGCAGCCAUCCGAACUGUGCGAUGAAGUUCACCAGCCGGCAGGCGAUGAAGCGCCACUACCAGACGAAGCACGUGCUGGGCAAACCGUACGCGUGCGACGCGUGCGGCGAGCGGUUCUGGCGCAAGCUGCAGCUGAAGCUGCACAAGGUGCGCCACACCGGCGAGUAUCCGCACCGGUGCGAGCACUGCGGCCAGGGGUUCGUGAACGCGCGCACGAUGCGGAGCCACCGGUGCCGGCAGAACGCGCACCGCUGCCCGGACUGUGCGCGCGAGUUCCUGCGCUGGUCCGAGCUGGUGGUGCACCGGCGGCUCGAGCAUCCGACCCAGUACCGGUGCGACCAGUGCGACAAGCAGUUCAGCACGAAGCGCAACCUGAACCUGCACGGCCGGGUCCAUCGCAAGCAGCAGGAGGCUGCCGCCGGCAAGGACGGGGAGGACGGCGAGCAGCAGCAGCAGCAGCAGCAGCAGGUGGAGGUGCUGGUGUACGAGUGCCCGUACCCGGGCUGUCCCCGGUUUUACGAGCACGAGCGCAACCUGCACGCGCACGUCCGCUCGAAGCACGAGAGCCGCAAGCGGGAGGAGCUCGCCUGCCCGGUCGCCGACUGUGGCAAGGUGCUGGCGACCAAGCAGAAGCUGGAGCAGCACCGCCGGCUGCAUCUGCGCGCGUCCAAAGCCCGGGCGAGGGCGUCUGCCCGCAAGGGACGGCCGCAAGCGGGCAGUAGCCGGGCCGCAGCAGGGACGACGGCGACGGUCGUGAGCGAGGCGGCAGAGCCGGCAGUGCCGGCCGGCGAGCCGUCCCGCCCGGCCGACGUGACCACCGACUCGGAGGUGGAGGGUGCCGGCCACAUGCUCGAGGAUUUGCUCGACAAGCACGUGCAGCACCUGUGCAGCCAGCUCGACACGCUCCGGUCGAAUUUGGCCCCGAUGUAAGCCCGUGCACAGUGUACAGAGGUUAGGUUUAGGUAGCGUUUUAGGUUCGAAAAUGUUUUGAAACAAACGGGCUCGUGUUUUUUUUUUUGCAGCACAGGAAUAUCUUUUUUUUUUGGUUUACACUUAGUCAUGUAAGGUAGAAUUUUCUUUUUUAUUUUAUUUUUAGGAGGAAUUACUUUUAAAAAAUGUAUGUACAGUUCGCAUCUGUACACACCCACACACAUCACAUGCAAGGUUUUACUGCUUUAAGUUAUUAUUACAGUGUUAAGCGGUGUGUGCGAUUAUUGUUAUUAAUAUUCUCUUAUUUAAAAUGAAUUGCAAGCUUUGUUUAGAACCGACAGAGCGAGGGAGGAAAGUUUUUAGAGAAUUAAUUAUUAAUAAGUGAGCUAUCAUUAUUGUGCAUUUACGUAGCAAUAUAGCGUGUAUAUUGAAAUAUUUA